AUGUCGAGCCGUCUCCUUUCUCCACUCGCAGCGACGCUCGUCGGUGUGGGUGCGGGUCUUUAUAUCUGGGUGCCGUACUGGCAGGAGAGGCUCCGGAAUGAUCAGCUUGAAAAGGACUCUCAGUUGCCCCCCAACAUGGUCGAGAUCCCAGUUCAGGAAGCCGGCUCGCCUGAACAACGCCUGCAAUACAGGCCGAAAAACACUGGUGAAGGAUGA